AUGACCGUCAAAUAGUUUUAAUUUCCCAAAAAAUCAAACGUUACUACGAUCCCUGUGUGAAAAAUGCAAAUUAUUAUUUAAACGGGACUGCCUUAAAUUCAGAUCAGCGUGGUUACGUAUCCGGAAGUGCUCCGCGAUUCUUUCACUUUCAUUUCUUCUCUGUUAACGCCCGUCUGCAGUGCUGGAUCUCCGUUCACAAUGGCAGCAACAAAUAAAUCUUCGGUGUCCGCCGAUCAGUACUCCUGUCCGGUGUGUCUGGAGGUCCUGAAGGAGCCGGUCACUCUCGUAUGCGGACACAGCUACUGUAUGGACUGCAUUAACGACUGCUGGGACCAGCCUGACACAGAGGGAGGUUACAAGUGUCCUCAGUGCAGACGGUCAUUUAACGAGAGGCCGGAGCUGAACAAAAACACCGUAUUAGCAGAACUGAUCGAGAAACUGAAGGACGUGACAGUCGAUGGAGGACCGUCUGUGAGUUACGCUGGACCUGACGACGUGUCCUGUGAUGUUUGUACGGGGAGAAAACUGAGAGCCGUGAAAAGCUGCCUGACCUGCAUGGCCUCCUACUGUGAGACUCACCUGCAGCCGCACCUGCGGUCUGAAGUUCUGAAAAGACACAAACUGGGAGAGCCGACUGGAAACCUCGAAGAGAAAUUCUGUGAGAUGCAUCAGAAAGUUCUGGAAAUCUUCUGCAGGACCGACCAGACGUGUGUGUGCUUACUUUGUGUGGCGACUGAACAUAAGAAUCACGACACGGUGACACCUGAAGAAGAGCGAGCUGCGAGACAGAAUCAGCUGGAGGAGAGAAAGGAAGAAGUGAAAAAGAAAAUUGAAAAAAAAGAAAAGAAACUAAAAGGGUUGAGGAAAACCAUAGAGAGGAUUCAGAGCUCAGCAGAGAGAGAAGUGCAGGAACACGAGAAGGUUUUCAGGUCUGUACUCGAGUCCAUAGAGAGAUUGAGGUCAGAGGUCAUUGAGGUCAUUAGAGAUCAUGAAAGAAGGAAAGUGGGAAAGGCUAAAGAGUUCAUGGAGAGACUGGAGAAAGAAAUCAAAGAGCUGAUGAGGAGAAACACUGAGCUGGCCAAGCUCUCACAAACAGACCACAUCCACUUCCUAAAGAAGUUUCCAUCUCUCUGUUUCCCUCUUGGAGAUCAAGACACACCAGCCACAAGUGUUAGUGAAGAUUUGCUUCCUGAGACUCUGAGGAUGAGUUUGUCUGAUCUGAAGAAGAGUCUGGAGGAGAUCAGCAGCUGGGAGAUUGUGAAGAUCAGUGAGCCUGGGGCUGAUGAUUCAUGUCACAUCCUGCAGAAUCUGAGGACCAGAAAUGGACUUUUAAAAUACUUCUGUCCACUCACACUGGACCCCAACACGGCAAACAAUUUUCUAUACCUGUCGGCAGGGAACAAGAAGGUGACAAGUCAGAUGAAAACGAUCCUGUAUCCUAAACAUCCUGACAGAUUUGACAGUUGGCUUGAAGUUCUGUGCAGAGAGGCUUUGAGUGGGACUCGCUGUUACUGGGAGGUUGAGUGGAGUGGAAAAGAGAUUGACAUUGGAGUAACAUAUAAAGGAAUAGCAAGGAAAGGAGAAAGUGAUGAGAGUGCUCUUGGGCACAACGACAAGUCCUGGAAUUUCUGCUGCUCUGUUUCUGGUUACACUGCAUGGCACAAUAACAAGUCGAUGCGAAUCAGCGCCCCCUGCAGUCACAGAAUUGGUGUGUACCUGGACUGGCCUGCUGGAUCUCUGUCGUUUUAUAGCAUCUCACACACAAUGACCCUCCUGCACACGUUCAACACCUCUUUUACUGAGCCGCUUUAUCCAGGUUUUGGGUUAGUAUGGGACUCCAGUGUAACAAUCUGCCCUCUGAACCCACCUGACCAGUGACCGUUGUGGUCUGCAGGUCACUUUAUGUCUUCUAUCACUAAAACUGUCUUGUUCUUUUACACUAAAAAUCAUGCAGACUACCUGAAGAUAAACACUCCCAGUUUACUUAAUAUUUUAAAAUUUAAUCUCUGCCUGAAGUAGAACAGCAAACAAAUCUAUGGUGGCAGAUGGAACAUGAGAGUUAAGUCUCCAUCUCUCAGAAUAUGAAAUCUUAAUUUGGUAUGUAUGUAUAACAACUAGUAAGUAAUUCUGUUUAUUUUAUUUUACUCCAUUCCAGUGGUACAGUGGUUAGUGAUGCUACCUUACAGCUCCAAAUCACUUUUCAAACACUAGCCCUGUCACUGACUGUGUGGAAUUUCCAUGUUCUCCUAGUGCCCAUAUGCCCCAGUUUACUUCCCAAAUCCCAGUUUUACCCUGAUUUUGGUCAAAUGGUGCCCUGUGAUGGAGUGACAUUUCUGUCCAAGUUUGUUUCUUGCCUUGUGGUCAUGGUAUGCUCCAGUUUCCUGUCACCUUAACAAUAAUUUAGGUGGAUUAUUAAAAUGGUCAAAGGGAUGGGCAUUCCAGUUUUUUUCAUUUGAUCUUUCCACUGCUGCUUUUUCAUUUUUCUUCACUGAACUAUUGACAUGAUGAAGAUGUUGACCAUAACUGCAUUAUCAGCUUGAUAUACUGACCUCAUCAUGUGGACCUGACUGGAUGCAGAACAUUCUUACUUAAACCAUGACUCAGUUCCAAAAGGCCAAAUGUAAAAUAAAACAAAAGAACUCAACUAAUGAGUUUGAAGUGAAGCAUUUAUAACGUUGACAGUUUGUGUCUUAGAGAAGGCUUUGAGUUGUAGAAAGUAAAUGGCAUGCUAAAGAAGCUAAACCAGUCUAUAUGUCACAUACUGCCUUUCACUGAAAGAUAAGGAACUUGAUAAAUAAAAGAAUUAGAAAACAAAAAAGAAACGAGGAUGGAUAACGAGAAAAAAAAUGGAGAGUCAUACUGUGAAGAUAGCAAUGUAUUUCAGUCAGCAAUGGACAAUACUCUUGACCAGGGGUUCUCAAACUCGAUCCUGGGGACCCCUGUGGCUGCAGGUUUUUGUUCCAACCAGCUUCUGUUUUUAAUUGAACUCCUGGGCUAAUUAAGUGAACUGUUAUUUCCCAAAUUCUGUGUUUUGGGAACAAAAUAGAAAUUAGAAAACUAAGUUUGGUAAAAAAAUAUAUAUAUAUAUAUAUAUAUAUAUUAAACUCUACUGAGCAGUUAUAUGGGGAUUUGUAUUUUGUUUAACAAUAUUUUCAUCUUGAUUUUCAUUCUACUUUUCUAGGUGUUCUAAUUGUUUAAUUAAUCCAUUAUUUACUAAUUAGUGGGUCUAAAGUAGUUGCAGCCUUUGAUUAUUCCAUGUUGUUUGCCAGCAUGUCUGCUCUGCUCAUUUUUAAUUAUCAUUAAUAACACACAACAAAGGGGAAAAACUGCACAGAGAAAGGGUAAACUAUAAUGAAACGAACAAAAGAGAGUUAAGCAUUUAAAUCUAUAGCAAAAAUAGAAAUAUUUGUAAAUGUCUUACAAAUGUAAAAAUCAUGCUGCUGUGCUUUUCUACAUGUAGAAUAAGAGAAGAGAAAUAAAUACAUGCUAAUUAACUGAGAUCAGUGUUUGAAAGGCCCCCAGGACCGAUUUUGAGAACCCCUGCUCUACAGCAAAAGUGAUAUGAAUGAUGGCCAGCAGAGGGCGCACAUGUAGUUCACAGUCAUAUUGCACAGACUGAGUUUCAUUUCUUGCAGUUCAAAAAUAUGAAGAGAAAUUUGAGAAAAAAUUAAAUGUAAUGGAGAACUGAGAGACUAUGUGGGAAUGACAAGGUUUGGAAAAUGAAUGAAUAAAUUACUUUGACGUUUAUAAAAGUUGUUUUUUUUUUGUAUUUCUGUGGGAUGCAACAGCACAGUUCAAGAAUAAAACCACUUCAGUCCUAUUUGUGCUGUACAUCAUUCAGGAAUUAAAGAUGUCAACAUAUGAUGAAUACAAGGCGCUAUAAGUCUGUACUCUUAACUCGGCUGACCUCAUUCUUUUUUUGUGUUAACAGUAAAUAUGUGGGAAGAACAUUAUAACUUGGAUUUUGUAACCAGAGCUGAAUCAUAACUUGCCUGAUACUGUGAUUUAUGAGUCUAACAUGCUUA